AUGGCGUCGUCCUUUCGAUGGACGGCGCUGCUGUUGCUGUUAGGCACUCUUGUUUGCCUGCUUCAGCCAGCUGCUGCCGUCAAGGAACACGACUUCAAGAAGUGUCGCCAGUCCGGCUUUUGCAAGCGAAACCGAGCGUACGCCGACAACGCUGCCUCCCUAGGCUCCAACUGGAAGUCACCUUACGAAGUCCUCGCCGACUCAACAUCCUUCGAAAAUGGCAAGCUGCAGGCCAUGAUCGUCAAGACCAUCAACGCCCAGGGGGAGACCGUCCGACUUCCACUCACCAUCUCGUUCCUCAAGUCCGGCACCGCCCGAGUCACAAUGGACGAAGAGAAGCGACGAAACAAGGAUAUCGUCUUGCGAGACAACAGCCCUGUCCGAAAGGAGCGAUAUAACGAGGCCGACCAGUGGGUCCUCGUAGCUGGGCUGGAUCUCGAUAAGGAGGCCCAGCUUGCGUUCCAAGACAAGACUCAGGUUAACAUCAAGUAUGGCCCUGAGUCCAAGCACGAGGCUGUCAUUAAGUUCUCGCCCUUUGAGAUUGACUUCCGACGUGAUGGAAACUCCCAUAUCAAGUUCAAUGACCGUGGCUUGCUCAACAUGGAGCACUGGAGACCCAAGGUUGAGAACAAGGAGGGCGAGGAGGCCGCCGAAGACGAGAGCACUUGGUGGGACGAGUCGUUCGGUGGAAACACUGAUACCAAGCCCCGUGGCCCUGAGAGUGUUGCCUUGGACAUCUCGUUCCCCGGAUACGAGCAUGUUUUUGGUAUCCCCGAACACACUGGUCCUCUGUCUCUGAAGCAGACUCGAGGCGGAGAGGGCAACUGGGAGGAGCCCUAUCGCAUGUACAAUGCAGACGUCUUCGAGUACAUCCUGGACAGCCCCAUGACUCUCUAUGGAUCCAUCCCCUUCAUGCAAGCCCACCGUAAGGAUUCUUCUGUGGGUGUCUUCUGGUUCAAUGUUGCCGAAACCUGGGUCGACAUUACCAAGGACAAGAGCCAUGCCAACCCCCUGAGCCUUGGAGCUGGCUCCAAGACGAGCACUCACACUCACUGGAUCUCCGAGUCUGGUCUCCUUGAUGUUUUUGUCUUCCUCGGCCCUACUCCCGCCGACCUGACCAAGAACUAUGGAGAGCUGACUGGCUACACUGCUAUGCCUCAGGAAUUUGCCAUCGCAUACCACCAGUGCCGAUGGAACUACAUCUCGACCGACGAUGUUAAGAACGUUGACCGAAACAUGGACAAGUUCAAGAUCCCCUAUGAUAUCAUCUGGCUCGAUGUCGAGUAUACCGAUGAUCGAAAGUACUUCACCUGGGACCCUCACUCCUUCUCGGACCCCAUCAGCAUGGGUGAACAGCUCGACUCUCAUGGUCGACAGCUGGUCCUUCUGAUGGAUCCUCACAUCAAGAAGACGGACAACUACCCGAUUGUGGCUGAGUUGACUGCGCAGGAUCUUGGUGUUCACGACAAGGAGCAGAAGAUCUACGAAGGCUGGUGCUGGCCUGGAGCGUCUCACUGGAUCGACUGCUUCAACCCCAAGGCAAUUGAGUGGUGGAAGACUCUCUUCAAGUAUGACAAGUUCAAGGGAACCAUGCCCAACACCUGGAUGUGGAACGACAUGAGCGAGCCAUCAGUGUUUAACGGCCCCGAGGUUACCAUGCCCAAGGACAACAUCCACCAUGGAGGAUGGGAGCACCGUGACGUGCACAAUCUUAACGGCCUGACGUUCCAGAACGCGACAUUCCAGGCUCUGGUCACACGUGAGAAGGGCGAGCUCCGACGCCCCUUUAUUCUGACGCGUGCCUUCUACGCUGGAUCGCAGAAGCUUGGUGCUAUGUGGACUGGCGACAACCAGGCCGACUGGGCUCAUUUGGCAGCCUCCAUCCCCAUGACUCUCAAUCAGGGCGUGUCUGGCUUCCCCUUCGCUGGCGCUGAUGUCGGAGGUUUCUUUGGCAACCCUGACAAGGACCUGCUUACUCGCUGGUACCAGACUGGUGCCUUUUAUCCCUUCUUCCGUGCUCAUGCUCACAUUGACUCUCGCCGUCGUGAGCCUUACCUGCUCCCCGAGCCUCAUGUGCAGAUUGUUACAGCGGCAGUGCGCCUGCGAUACACCUUGUUGCCUGCCUGGUACACAGCCUUUUUCAACGCGGCUCAGGAUGGAAGCCCUAUUAUCCGACCCAUGUUCUGGACACAUCCCUCUGAGGAGGCUGGCUUCGCUCUCGAGGACCAGUUCUUCCUUGGCUCGACUGGCCUCCUGGUGAAGCCAGUGACGGAACAAGACAAGGAGACGGUCGAUAUCUGGAUCCCCGACGACGAGGUCUACUACGACUACUUCACCUACAAGAUUAAGAAGACUCAGAAGGGCAAAAACCUUUCAGUGUAUGCACCACUCAGCAGCAUUCCUCUUCUCAUGCGAGGAGGACAUAUUAUCCCUCGUCGCGAUAUCCCUCGACGUUCAAGCGCUUUGAUGCGAUUUGACGACUACACUCUUGUCGUGUCAGUCUCCAAGGCUGGUAAUGCCGAGGGUGAACUGUAUGUUGACGAUGGCGACUCGUUUGAUCACGAGCAGGGCCAGUACAUCCACCGCAAGUUCACUCUGAGUGGAAACACCUUGACUUCCCUGGAGGCAAAGGACCGAGACAUCAAGUCGGUCAAGCCUGGUGACUGGCUCAAGGCUAUGGAUAAGGUGUUCGUUGACAAGAUUAUCAUUGUUGGCGCACCCUCGACCUGGAACCAGAACGAAGUGCAGGUUGAGUCGGAGGGACGCACAUGGACGGCCAAGGUGCAGUAUCACGCUGCCAAGGGAGGCAGAGCAGCCUACGCGACUGUGGGCCGUGUGGGAGCCAAGAUCGGCGAGGACUGGAGCAUCAAGCUUGCCUAG